AUGAUUGUGUUAUUGCUACUGAUUGCCGCUUCUGCUACAGUAUCAGACCCAGUUUGCCCAAAUGGAACUAUGAUUUUCAAUCCGUUUGACGACGUUUCAUACCCAAAUGGUUUUCAAGGACAAAAUGCUACCACACUUUUUCCAGACAAUUUUCAAUGUGAAUUUCAGAUCAAUGUCCCAAUAGGAUGGUACGCCACGGCGACAAUGUCCCUUUCAUCGAAAACUUUACAUGCUCCGGUUCAAGUGAUUGAUCAAAAUGGGAAUGUUGAAAAGGUCUUCGCUGCAUCUGCCGAACUGUUUUUCUUCUUGGCACCCCAUGGAAAAGUCAAGUUGUCCACUGAAAAUUUCAAAGUCAAAUUUGGAAUUCAGAUUUAUUGGGAUCAAUACCCCACAAUGUCCUACCCAACUAUUCGAAAACUUGAUCCGACAACUUCCGAACCAAUUGCAAACUAUAGAAAUGGUUCAUCGUUAGCUAUCGUGGAAUCCGCUACUCAAGUCUCUGCUACAGUAGUCCAACCUCUAGACGAAAAUCUACAGUACCUUCGAGGAACGAUUUUCUUCGAUGGACCCGAUUGGAAUUCCACGUAUCUUGGCACAGGAUUCCAGCUUUUGAGCAACCAAGCUCAAUUUGUUUCCACUGGAAACUUGUUAAGCGUUUUGUACCUUGGAGAUUUUAGUGGCUAUGAUCAAGUCACUGUUAUAUUUCAAGACUAUUCCUAUACAAGAGGUCUGACACAGUUUCAAGCAGUCUCCUGUUUUAUUUAUGAGUACUGUGGAAACUUUGAUAUGGAAGGACCAGCUUCUUUCAUUACAUAUUCCAUGCACGGCGGACCAGAAGUGUUGACAAGUGUAGUCGGUUCUGGAACCCUCGAUGUCUACAUUGGAGGCGUCAUGAAGAAUAAGACGAUUGCUAGUUAUACAGCUGGUCCUUCCUAUAACAAUAAUUUACCUCAGGUUUUCUAUGGAAGAAUCAAAACUUACAUACUCACUGGCGGCAAUGCUACUAUUAACAUUACAAGAGACAGUGACACAUUUCUAAUGUCCCGAAAUUUGGAGCGAAAAGGAUUUAUAGCAUCUGGAGAAUACGGAAAAUACAGUAACACCCAAGACGUCACUGAUAGGAUUCAAUCACCAAGUGUAUCCUCCAAAAUACGGUAUAAUAUAAGAAGUGCGGAUUUACAAGAACCGGUUCGCAUGGAAAUUGUGGAAAUGAAAAAUGCAGAGAUUCUGUCGAGGAAGAUAUACAAUUUUUCAAACAAACCAGUUUUGAACUCAUUUAGCGAAUUUUAUGGGAGUUCACUACAAGUUCAGUAUAAUACCAAUGAAUCUUAUAAUGCAGGAUUCUAUGUGGAUUUUGAAAUUUCUAAUGGAUCAACAAAUGGGUUCGCAGCAAUCUUUACUAUCUUGUUUUGUUUAUUUUUGUUAAGCUUUUGUUAA